CUGUGAGUAAAAAGAGAUGCGUUCAAACCACGCAAAUGUAAACCACCUGACAACUUGUAAACAAGAUGAAACAAGGUCUCCUGCGCCAAAAUAACGUGUGAUUAUGACUUAUUAACAUUCUGCUGAUCCUUUAGUAAUCGCAAGAGGUGAAAUAUAAAGUUAAGCAACGUUAGGAAGUGGAUAAACGGCACAUGAACGGUCAUAGACAUGUCAAAAUCAGAGAAGAGCAGAGAAACAGCGAAGUAUGAAUCAAGAAAGCUGCCUAUUUAUCAGCACAAAGACAAACUCAUCCAGGCUGUGAAGGAAAGCACCUUCCUGGUCGUAACGGGUGAAACUGGCAGCGGAAAGACCACUCAGCUGCCUCAGUACUUGUAUAAAGCAGGUCUUUGCAGGAUUUGUGUGACUCAGCCUAGGAGGGUUGCAGCCAUCACUGUAGCCCAGAGGGUGUCCCAUGAGAUGGGGGUCAGGCUGGGUGAGGAGGUGGGAUACCAAGUGCGCUUUGAUGACUGCUCUACAAAGGACACUAUGAUUAAAUACAUGACAGAUGGCUGUAUGCUGAGGGAGAUUCUUGCAGACCCCAGUUUAUCACAGUACAGCAUUGUGAUCCUGGAUGAAGCGCAUGAGAGGAGCCUGAAUACAGAUGUUUUGCUUGGGUUACUCAAGAAAACUCUGUCAAAAGGAUCCCGUGGCCGCAAAACACCACUCAAACUGGUUGUGAUGUCAGCAACAUUAGAAACAGAAAAGCUCAGCUCUUUUUAUGAAAACUGUCCUGUAUUCAUGAUUCCUGGGCGCACAUAUCCAGUUACGGAGAAAUUCUGUAAUCUUAUUGGCCCGAAAGACAAAGAUAGUUCUGUCUAUGUCAAAGAGGCGGUUAAAGUGACUUUAGAUGUGCACACAAAUGAAACAGCUGGUGAUAUUUUGGUCUUCCUGACCGGACAGUCUGAAAUUGAGAAAGCCUGUGAUUUGCUCUUUGAGAAGGCUGAGAUCUUGGACUACCGUUACGAUGUCCAUGACCAAACUGUUGAAGGCCUUCUUAUCCUGCCUUUAUAUGGAUCCAUGCCAACAGAUCAGCAAAGACAAAUAUUCCAGCCUGCACCAAAAGGUGUGAGGAAGUGUGUGGUAGCAACGAAUAUUGCUGCAACUUCACUCACAAUUGAUGGAAUCAGAUAUAUCGUUGACAGUGGAUUUGUAAAACAACUAAAUCACAACUCAAAUGUUGGUUUGGAUAUUUUGGAAGUGGUACCUAUUUCAAAGAGCGAGGCUCAGCAGAGAGCAGGCAGGGCUGGACGAACCUCAGCAGGAAAAUGCUUCAGGAUUUACAAUAAAGACUUCUGGGACACAUGUAUGCCUGAGUACACCAUUCCAGAGAUCCAGCGGACCAGUCUUACAUCUGUCAUUCUUACACUGAAAUGUCUCGGUAUCCAUGACGUGAUUAGAUUUCCUUACCUGGACUGUCCAGAGGAACGCUUUAUCCUGACCGCUCUGAAACAGCUGUAUCAGUAUGAUGCUAUUGACAGGAGAGGUCAAGUGACCAGGCUGGGGAGGUUGAUGGUGGAGUUUCCUCUUCCUCCGAAUCUUACUCGUGCUUUGCUCAAAGCUGCUGCUCUUGAGUGUGAAGAUGUAAUGCUGCCCGUGGCUGCCAUGCUCUCAGUAGAGAACAUUUUCAUUCGACCAGGUAAACCAGAAGGACAAAAGGAAGCAGAGAUCAGACAUAAAGAGAUAGCAGCUUGCGCUGGUGGCUCCAAUGAUUUCCUCAUGCUGCUCAGUGUAUUUGAGAAGUGCAGAGCGAGUGACAAUCCAUCUGCCUGGUGCAAAGAGCACUGGAUCCACUGGCGAGCAGUGAAGUCAGCCUUCAGCAUUGAGUCUCAGCUGAGGGAGAUUCUUCUUCGCCUGAAGCAGCAAAAAGAUUUUCCACAUGAGACGUUUGAGGGCAGUCGGAGUGAACUCCUGCGGCAGUGCCUUUGUCUGGGUUAUUUCACCAAUGUAGCCAGGAGAUCUAUUGGGAAAUCAUUCUGCACCAUGGAUGGACAUGGGACCAGUGUUCUCAUUCACCCCUCAUCAUGUCUCUUUGGUCAAGAAUUGCAUCUGGACUGGAUCAUCUUCCAUGACGUGUUGGUCACCUCACGGGUGUACGUGAGAACAGUUUGUCCCAUCCGUUACGAGUGGGUAAAGGACCUGUUGCCGAAGCUGCAUGAAAUCGACGUCUAUGAGCUGAGUAGUGUCGCUAGGGAAGAGGUAACCGAUGAAGAGAUGGCGCAGUGGGAGAAGAAAGAGGCAGCAAAAAGACAAGCAGAAACCACAAAGGAUGCGGCAAAGAAGCUGGAAAAGCGAAACGGUGAAAGUUCAAUCACUGAGGCUCGCGCUCGCUAUUUGGAGCGAAAACAGCAUCGGCUGCAAAGAAAGGGCACAUGAAAGGAUCAAAUACUCACCACUGAUACUGCAGCUGCUGUAUACAAAUAUGAAAGACUUUAUAAUCUCAGAUUUCAGAACGUAAUACUCGUUUACUGCCACAGAACUCUGGUCCCUGUUGAUUUUGAAUAUGGCUCUUGAGUCAUAUGUAAUAAACAUUUUAUAUCUUUUAUGGAAAUAAAUUGUUUUUUUUUUUUUUACUUUUU